GGAAGUGAACCAGGACUUCCCCUGCAGGCCCCGCCCCAAAGCCAGGCGGCAGGGAGUAGGGAGGCGGCCUCCCUGCCUCCCCUCCAAAAAAAACUCCGUGAUUUCCUCUGGGCAGGAGGGAGCCACAGCCAGCGGCUGUCACAUUUCAUGGCUCUUACUCCACCUCUCUUGCUCCUCUCUGCAGGGACCAUGACCUUGGGCUCCCCCAGGAGAGGCCUGCUGAUGCUGCUGAUGGCCUUGGUGACCCAGGGCGACCCCGUGAAGCCGUCUCGGGGCCCGCUGGUGACCUGCACGUGUGAGAACCCACAUUGCAGGGGGCCUACCUGCCGGGGGGCCUGGUGCACAGUAGUGCUGGUGCGGGAGGAGGGGAGGCACCCCCAGGAACAUCGGGGCUGCGGGAACUUGCACAGGGAGCUCUGCAGGGGGCGCCCCACCGAGUUCGUCAACCACUACUGCUGCGACAGCCACCUCUGCAACCACAACGUGUCCCUGGUGCUGGAGGCCACCCAAACUCCUUCGGAGCAGCCAGGAACAGAUGGCCAGCUGGCCCUGAUACUGGGCCCCGUGCUGGCCUUGCUGGCCCUGGCGGCCCUGGGUGUCCUGGGCCUGUGGCAUGUCCGACGGAGGCAGGAGAAGCAACGUGGCCUGCACAGCGAGCUGGGAGAGUCGAGUCUCAUCCUGAAAGCAUCUGAGCAGGGCGAUAGCAUGUUGGGGGACCUCCUGGACAGUGACUGCACCACAGGGAGUGGCUCGGGGCUCCCCUUCCUGGUGCAGAGGACAGUGGCACGGCAGGUUGCCUUGGUGGAGUGUGUGGGGAAAGGCCGCUAUGGCGAAGUGUGGCGGGGCUUGUGGCACGGUGAGAGCGUGGCCGUCAAGAUCUUCUCCUCGAGGGAUGAACAGUCCUGGUUCCGAGAGACUGAGAUCUACAACACAGUGUUGCUCAGACACGACAACAUCCUAGGCUUCAUCGCCUCGGACAUGACCUCCCGCAACUCGAGCACGCAGCUGUGGCUCAUCACGCACUACCACGAGCACGGCUCCCUCUACGACUUUCUGCAGAGACAGACGCUGGAGCCCCAUCUGGCUCUGAGGCUAGCUGUGUCCGCAGCCUGCGGCCUGGCGCACCUGCACGUGGAGAUCUUCGGUACACAGGGCAAACCAGCCAUUGCCCACCGUGACUUCAAGAGCCGCAACGUGCUGGUCAAGAGCAACCUGCAGUGUUGCAUCGCCGACCUGGGCCUGGCUGUGAUGCACUCACAGGGCAGCGACUACCUGGACAUCGGCAACAACCCGAGAGUGGGCACCAAGCGGUACAUGGCGCCUGAGGUGCUGGACGAGCAGAUCCGCAUGGACUGCUUUGAGUCCUACAAGUGGACUGACAUCUGGGCCUUUGGCCUGGUGCUGUGGGAGAUUGCCCGCCGGACCAUCGUGAAUGGGAUCGUGGAGGACUAUAGACCACCCUUCUAUGAUGUGGUGCCCAAUGACCCCAGCUUUGAGGACAUGAAGAAGGUGGUGUGUGUGGAUCAGCAGACCCCCACCAUCCCUAACCGGCUGGCUGCAGACCCGGUCCUCUCAGGCCUAGCUCAGAUGAUGCGGGAGUGCUGGUACCCAAACCCCUCUGCCCGACUCACCGCGCUGCGGAUCAAGAAGACACUACAGAAAAUUAGCCACAGUCCAGAGAAGCCUAAAGUGAUUCAGUAGCCCAGGAGCACCUGAUUCCUCUCUGCCUGCAGGGUGCUGGGGGGUGGGGGGCAGUGGAUGGUGCCCUAUCUGGGUAGAGGUAGUGUGAGUGUGGUGUGUGCUGGGGAUGGGCAGCUGCGCCUGCCUGCUCGGCCCCCAGCCCACCCAGCCAAAAAUACAGCUGGGCUGAAAUCUGAUCCCCUGCUGUCUGGCCUGCUCAAAGCGGCAGGCUCCCUGACGCCUGGCUCUCUCCCCACCCCCUAUGGCCAGCAGGGUGCACCCCCUACCACCAGGACAGGAUGCAAAAGAGGCUCCAGAGUCAGAGUGCCAAGCCAGGGAAUCCCAGUCCCAGACUCAGAGCCUGGGCCUGCGCUUUGCCCCCUGCCCUUGAUCAACCCCACUGCCCCACCAGAGCUGCCAGGGUGGCACUGGGCCCUGUCCAGCCCUCAGCACACACUUCCCUGCCACGCUUCAGCCUCUAGCAUAAGCUCCAGAGAGCCAGGGCCCAUCAGUUUGUCUCUGUGGAUUGUAUCUCAGCUCCAUGAUGCCUUGGGCUUUCUGUCUCCUCAACAAGAGCGCAGCUUGCUGAAUGUCAGCUGCCUGAGAGAGCUGGGGCCUGACUUACUAGGGCAUUAAAACCUGAGAGGUCCUACUGAGGUGUGACAGGAUCACAGGCCAGUAGAAAAGGGGCAGGUCAGAUGGGAAAGGCCCAGGACUUUCAGAUUAACUGAGAGGAUAUAGAGGCCAAGCAUGGCAGGGGGAAGGUCAGUGGGUGUCAAGAGACCCAGGUCUGACCCCUGGUGUUUGCUCCAUGUGACAAAAGCAGGCCUGUCUCAGGACCUUUUUUUUUCUUUUUUCUUUUUUUUUUUUUGAGACGGAGUCUUGCUCUGUCGCCCAGGCUGGAGUGCAGUGGUGCGAUCUCGGCUCACUGCAAGCUCCGCCUCCCGGGUUCACGCCAUUCUCCUGCCUCAGCCUCUCCGAGUAGCUGGGACUACAGGCACCCGCCACCACGCCCGGCUAAUUUUUUGUAUUUUUAGUAGAGACGGGGUUUCACUGUGGUCUCGAUCUCCUGACCUCGUGAUCCGCCCGCCUCGGCCUCCCAAAGUGCUGGGAUUACAAGCGUGAGCCACCGCGCCUGGCCCUUUUUUUUUUUUUUUUUUUUGACACGGAGUUUCGCUCUUGUUGUCCAGGCUAGAGUGCAAUGGCACGAUCCCGGCUCACUGCAACCUCUACCUCCCAGGUUCAAAUGAUUCUCCUGCCUCAGACUCCUGACUAGCUGGGAUUACAGGCACAUGCCACCACGCCUGGCUAAUUUUGUAUAUUUAGUAGACAGGGUUUCACCACGUUGGCCAUGCUGGUCUUGAACUCCUGACUUCAGGUGUUCCGCCUACCUCGGCCUCCCAAAGUGCUGGGGUUACAGGUGUGAGCCAUCGCACCCGGCCAGGACCUUUGUUUCUUAUCUACAUAUUGGAAGAUUUGGUCCUGAUGUCCUUUGAGGCUUCUUUAGUUCUAGUUCUCUGACAUUUCAGCCUGUAUGAGAGCUAACUUCCUCAGUCUCAUCUAUUCCUUAUGCUCCAGCCCCUGGCAAUUUGCCUCAAGAUGGGGGUUUGAAAAUAACUUUACCUGACUCAAGGAGUGUCUGGAGCACCUCCUAGUCUAAGUCUGCAAGCUCCAAUUCUUGCCUAAAACUAUGCCAGUGGCCACCCUUGGGCUCAGACAGCUCUGGGCCUUUUGACCACAAGCCAGCCCCUCGCCCUCUCUGUGGCAUAGUCUUCUCUGCCCCGGGACUGCAAGGCGGCUUCCUCCAAGGCUUCCAAGGCUCAAAAGAAAUUCAGCUAUCCAUCCAAAAAGCCUCCAGCUCCCCUACUGGCCCCUGGCUCAGGCCCACACCCCUGGCCAGGCCCAGAGAGUGUGUCUCGGGAGAAUUCAAUGGCUCUAGAGAGACACACAGAAAGUUUGGCACUUGGAAAUUUCAAGGAUGUAUGUAUGCUCACGUAUGGAGCAGGUUGUCCUGGCCCCUGGGUGCAGGGAAGUGGGCUGCAGGGAAGUGGGUUGAAGGGGAGCUUGAGGAAUAUAAGGAGCGAGGGUGGGGACUCAGGCUAUGGACAAGGACAGCCCCAAGGUUGGGAAGACCUGGCCUAGUAGUCCUCAGCCUAGGGGCAGGGCAGUGAAGAAAACUCUCCCCGCUCCUGCUGUAAUGACCCAGAGCAACCUCCCCAGGCCGGCAUCUGAUGUGUGUCUUCCACCAUCCUCACGGUGGCACUUUUCUAGGCCUGUCUCCCAGCACUGUGCAAGGCUCGGAGGAGAACCAGGAAGUGAAACUGGGUGAAAACAGAAAGCUCAAUGGAUGGGCUAGGUUCCCAGAUCAUUAGGGCAGAGUUUGCACGUCCUCUGGUCACUGGAAUCCACCCAGCCCACGAAUCAUCUCCCUCUUGAAGGAUUUUAUUUCUACUGGGUUUUGGAACAAACUCCUGCUGAGACCCCACAGCCAGAAACUGAAAGCAGCAGCUCCCCAAAGGCUGGAAAAUCUCUAAGAGAAGGCCUGGGGCAGGAAGUGGAGUGACAGGGGACAGGUAGAGAGAAGGGGGCCCAAUGGCCAGGGAGCGAAGGAGGUGGCGUUGCUGAGAGCAGUCUGCACACGUACCUGGAGAUACUGUUUUCGGGAGCACUGGGCUCGUGCCUGGCACACAAUAGGUCUGCAAUAAACCAUGGUUAAAUCCUGA